UACUUUAUUUUUUUAUUGCUCAAGUCAAACAUUUUUUCCCCAAGUUUACAUAUUGGGCUGUCUUUCCUCUUCUGAAGAUUCAACUCUGUUUUUCAAGAAGCUAAAGCAACAGGCUCUCCAGAGCCCAGCCCCAGAUGGAAUGAGGAGUGGGAGGGCCUCAGAUUCAGACCUGCUACAAAAUCCAAGUCCUGGAGGACUAGCAGCCUGUGGCAGGGAGCACUACCCAGUCUUCCAGAGGGUGGGGGGCUGAUGCCAAUCCUGGGGGAAGACUGGCAAGAGCAGGAAAACUGGGCCACUAGUGGGGUACAGGGUGAGUGAGAGCUGAGAGUUAUCCAGAGUGACACUUGCCAGGUUUACCCACGCCAUCUACCCUGGCCUUGGGGAAGGGCAUAUCACCCUCAUGUCAUAGAUGAAGAAAGAAUGAAGUGUGAAGUAAUGCAGCCACUCAGUCAAGGUCACACAUUAUGAGAAAUUGGAACCAGCACAUGGAGCUCCGCCACCUUUCCGCGGGGGCCCACUGCAGGGCAGAAAGAAGGCAGAGAAACCCCAAGGGGGGAAGCCUGAUAAAUAAUGGCGGAAGGAAGCCUCCAUUCAGAGGAAGGAGAACAUUCAGGAACUGUGGGGAGGAUGGGACAGCAGCAGGAGGGAGGGUGGCUUUGGGUGGCUGGGAGGGCCAGUCCUGACUCUCCCAGUCGGCAAGCUCACACAGGGUGGAGCUGUGUGCCAGGAAAGAAGGGCCUGGCUUGGGGCUCAGCAAACUGGGUUCCAGGCCUACUUGGGCACACCCAGUUCUGUGACCUAAGCAAAUCCUUUUUCUCCUCUGAGCUUCAGUUUCCUGGUUUGCUGAGCAGAGAGAGUAAAAGCACGCCCUUUGCUGUAUACCUGGGCUUCUGCGCCCUGCAUUUGGCAUGACAGCUGUUUUUUCAAGCGCACCUGCUUGUGCAAUACAGGCGUCAAAAAGCCGCUGAGCAGCGAAAGCGAAAACACCUACAGGGCGCUCCGGAGCCAACGCUCGGACCCACCCACUGGCGGGGCGGCGCCCCAGGACGGGAGCGAGGUGGCUGCGCCCGGGCCCUCUGCGUGUUGACCCUCGCCUCCCGCGCCAGGCUCGACUGGGGGGCGCCCGCAUCCACUGCAGCCUCCGGGGCCAGGGCGAGGCCUGGGAGCCCCGAGACAGCCAUGGCAGAGCCCGCGGCCGAGGACCUGGACGCCCUCAUCGACGACCUCGACUACCUCCCGGGCCACUUCCACCUGGAGAUGCAGCUGAACUUCGAGCCGCGCUCGCCGGCCUCGCUCCGCGCCCGGGACCUGAAGCUGCAGCGGGACGGCCUGCGGCAGGAGCUGGAGCUGGCGGCCGCCCCGCAGCGCCCCGCCGUGCGCCACCUCCUGGGCGCCUUCGCCUUCUACCUGGAGGAGCUGGACGAGGCCCGCGAGCGCUUCCUCGAGGCUGCCCGCGAGGACCCGGGCAACCUCAACGCCUGGGCCAAUCUGGCACACGUGUACGGGCGCCUGGGGCAGGAGGAAGAGGAGGAGGCGUGCGCCGGGCGGCUGGCAGACCUCAUGGGCCUGGAGGGGGACCGCGGAGCCGCCGGAGACCCCCAGCUCCGCGCCGCGCGUUGCCUGGCGGAGCAGGGCUACGCCCACGGCUUCGAUGUGGGCUGCGCUGGUCCGGAAGAGCGCGCGCGAGUGCUGGAGGCCGGCAUCGCCCUGUACGACAAGGCGCUGGGCUACGCACAGCAGAUCCCGAUGGAGGAGAAACGGGGCUGGUACUUCACCAUGGCAACGCUCUUCAUCAGGUUAGAUGGCAUCUUCCUGGAGCUGGGCAGCAAGGAGCAGAAGAGGCUCCCAGCCUUCAACCGCACGCUGGCCCUGCUCCGGCAAGUCCUCAAGUCCUCAGACCCCUACCACCAAGCUCUGGCCUGGUGCUACCUCGGGAUGCUGCUGGAGAGAAAAGACACCUUCUCCACCACCCCCAUGGGCAUCCACGACUGUGGGUACUCAGGGACUGACCCCCUGGACUGCUUUGGCAAGGCCAUUGAGAUCGCCAAGGACAAACCCCCCAUCCUGAAUCGCCUGGCCAAAAUCUUCCACUUCCUCGGAAAGCAGGACAUGGCCAUUGGCACCUGCAACAUGGCCCUGGAUGUCCUGCGGGAUCCGGAGCUCAACUGGCAGGCGUACUGCACAAGGGCCAAGAUCCACAUCAGAGCCUACCUGCACGACCUGGAGCGAGGCAAGAUGGGGCUCGGGGGCUUGCCUGACAGGAAUCUCCUGGCCUGUGCCAAGGCCGACCUCGAAGAAGUGGUCAAGGUGUGCCCAGGCCUCAAGACCUACCUCGACAUCGGCCAGGUCUACUACUACAUGGGCGUGGACGCCGUGCAGGAGUUGCUGGCGGUGGACGAGGCGGCGUUGAACCAGGCGCUGGUUUUCCUGGCCAAGGCUGCCGAGUUAGAGCUGGGUGCCACGCUGCCCGAGCUGCAGCUGCUGCGGGGCAAGUGCCUGCGCAUCAAGGGCGGAGCCAACGCGGCGGCCUGCUUCAAGCGCGCGGUGGAGCUGGACGACGCGGGCUCCAGCCACACCGAGGGCUUCGGCUGCCUGCUCGAGGCGCUGCUGGCGCAGUGGAGCCAGGCACAGCUCAGCGACGGCGAGCUGGGCCGCGAGGUGGACGCGUGGCUGCGCCGCGCCCAGGACAAGUACCGCGCGCGCUUGCGCCAGGAGCUGCAGCGCGUGUGGCGCGGCCACACCAGCGAGGUGCUGGGGCUGGCCCGAGCCUUGGUGGCCCAGGGACGGCUGGCGCUGGUGCGGCUGCUCUUCGAGACCAUGGAGCGCCAGGGCGCGGGCGCGGGUGCACGGAGGGGCCGCCGUGCGUUCUCGUUGUGAGGGGUGCGGUCCGAGCCCUGUUUGUCGAGGCCACGCCUGCAAAUGCUGGGACCUGUCCUGAGUUUGACUUGGGGUUGCCCUGCCACAGGCUGGCAAGGAAGCAGAGCCUAUCAGAUUCUCUUUCGGGAACUGCAAAUG